AUGCCUUUCAAUUCUUCCAUAAAUGUUCCACUAAAGUUUCUUUUCAACGCAGUCUCCAAGUCCUCUACAGCCCAUCCAAUAGAAUCUAUUCUUUUUGCCUUUGUCAGCGUCACCCUCGCUUACUUCAAACUAGCACACGCUGUUAGACACGAAGGUUUCGCCACUGCUGAUCAAUUCGAUAUUGACAGCAAACAUGACUGGUGGUGGGCUGUCGCUUUGAGAGCUUUCGGCGGCAGAACUUGGUCGCUGGCCAAGACCGCUGAUAGCGUUGAUAUCAUGAUCGUCCUCAUCGGCUACAUCCUCAUGCACGGUACUUUCGUCCAUUUGUUCGUCGAAAUGAAGAAAUUGGGCUCCAAGUUCUGGUUGGGCACUUCAGUUAUUGUCUCUUCAGUCUUCUCUUUCGUAUGCGCAGGUCUUGUCGCCUACUACUCAAAUGUAAGAGUUGACCCAAUCAACUUACUCGAGGCUCUUCCAUUUCUAGUCAUCACUAUCGGCUUCGACAAACCUAUCUCUCUCGCACGCGCUGUCUUCUCAUCUCACGACCUCGCUCCCCCUGUCUUCCACCCCAAAGAAGGUGACUACUUUACCCUUGGCACUCCAGUCGAGCACCCCUCUGACUCUCAACAACACAACCAAGUCAAGCUAGCUACACCUGUUCCCGCCGCAGAUAUUGUCCACCGCGCGAAUCGCAAAGUUGGUCCUAGAAUAGUACGCGACACUGCACUUGAAAUUGCAGUUUUGAUUUUAGGCGCUGCAUCUGGUGCUGCUGGUUUGAAAGAGUUUUGCAUCCUCUCCGCCUACAGUAUAGCCUUUGACUGUCUUUUCUUGUUUGGAUUCCUUUCGCCAAUUUUGACAGUAAUGGUUGAGGUGCACCGUAUCAAGUUGCUGCGCGGCACACAGAACACCAUUUACACUAGUGACUCAAAAGUUAGCAAUCCCCUCACCAAACUCAAAGUGCUUUUGCUGUCUUCAUUCCUCAUCCUCCACUCACUCAAUCUCCUCACUACACUAUCAUCUCAGACUUCUUUAAAGAGGUUCAUGAGUGACUCUUCCGAUAAAGGUUCGGUCUUUGGUGAUGGUGCUUUCAGUCGCGCAACAGCAUUUCUCGAGAAUACCCACAGCACCAAUCACACCAAGGUGGCCUCUUUAGCUGUGCUGGAGGACUUUAUGAGCGGAUGGACGCACCUAGUUGGAGAUCCUGUCAUGUCAAAGUGGAUAGUGCUCAUCCUAGGCUCCUCCAUCUUCCUUAAUGGAUACCUCCUUAAAGGAUUAGGCGGUGGAAGUGGCUCUUAUACAGUUCAGAUUGACAACAAGGGCUCGAUAGCAGCUAGGCGCCAUUUGAACCCCACCGACGAUCAAGAUUCACUAAAACUGAAAUCAUAUCACAUGCAGAAAAUGAAGGAGACAGCUGAUAAAGUACACAGCUUACCAUCCGUCCCACCAGCUCUUCCUUCAGUGAACGAAAUAGAGCGGCCACUGUUAAUCAACGAUGCUGGCCACACUGGUCAUCCUAAAGUGGAAAGCGUCACACCAGCCCACGAGCCGCACUUUGGACGUAGGAGUGCAGAGGAGUGUGUUGGACUACUCGCUAAAUCUAAAGAAUCUCCCGGCUCCGUGAACCCAGCGACAGAGUUUAGUGAUGAAGAAUACGUAAUGUUAGUACAGCAAGCUAAAAUCCCGAUGUACGCGCUCGAGAAAAUGUUAGGAGAUUUCGAGCGAGCGGUGAAAAUCCGUCGAGCAGUAAUAUCACGCCAAUCCACCACUGCCACCCUCGAGCACUCCAAGCUGCCAAUGCGCGGAUUCGACUAUAAACAAGUGAUGGGAGCGUGUUGCGAAAAUGUGAUAGGAUACAUGCCCAUCCCAGUCGGUAUAGCCGGACCAUUGCAGAUCGACGGGGACCUAACGCCAAUUCCAAUGGCAACGACAGAGGGUACUCUCGUAGCGUCGACCUCACGUGGCUGCAAGGCGAUCAACGCUGGUGGGGGUGCUACUACGGUUCUCACGCGUGACGGUAUGACACGCGGCCCCGCCCUCGAAUUCCCCUCCGUCAUUGACGCUAGCUUGUGCAAACGGUUCAUCGACAGCGCUGAAGGAGCACUGUAUAUGAUGAAUAACUUUAAUCAGACUUCACGUUUCGCUAAGCUGCAGAAACUUAAGUGCACACUUGCUGGUCGCACCCUUUAUGUUCGCUUUGAUACCACUACAGGUGACGCUAUGGGGAUGAAUAUGAUCAGCAAGGGAGUCGAGAAAGCCCUCUCGGCUCUCAAGUCGGAACACUUCCCAUCGAUGGAGACACUCGCCCUUAGCGGUAACUACUGCACGGAUAAGAAACCAGCUGCUAUCAACUGGAUCGAAGGUAGAGGCAAGUCGGUUGUCGCGGAGUGUGUUAUCCCUGGUGAUGUAGUCAAGAAUGUACUCAAAUCUACAGUCAAAGAUCUCGUUAGACUCAAUUAUAAAAAGAAUCUCGUCGGUUCAGCUAUGGCGGGGAGUAUUGGGGGAUUUAAUGCACAUGCGGCGAAUAUACUCACUGCUGUAUAUCUAGCGACAGGCCAGGAUCCUGCGCAGAAUGUGGAGUCGAGCAAUUGCAUAACAUUGAUGGAGGGCAUUAAUGAUGACAAGGACUUACUUAUAAGUUGCUCGAUGCCAUCUAUAGAAGUAGGUACAGUCGGCGGUGGUACUGUCCUGUCACCGCAGAGUGCAAUGCUGGAGCUGCUGGGAGUGAAGGGAGCGAACCAAGUAGAGCCAGGAGCGAAUGCACAGAGAUUGGCAAGAAUUAUAUGCGCGUCAGUGAUGGCAGGCGAACUAUCACUUAUGGGCGCUUUAGCUGCUGGACACCUCAUCAAGGCGCAUAUGGCUCACAAUAGGACACCGCAGCCGAGCAGACCGCAGACGCCUAGCUUACUAACGCCAAUAACACCAAACAGUAUAGGAAGCAUACCAGCUGUCAACUCAACGUCCUCCUUACAUGCCCUCCGCGUUAAUGCACUCAAAGGCUCGACUAAUGCCAAUGGGAACUCGAGCUCGAUGAGUUUGAGCCAGACCAAGUAG